AUGAGUGACUGCUGCUGCUCCCCUUGCUGCCAGCCUACCUGCUGCAGGACCACCUGCUGCAGGACCACCUGCUGGAGACCAACCUGUGUCACCUGCUCCUGCACACCCUGCUGCCAGCCCAGCUGCUGUGGGUCCAGCUGUGGGUCCAGCUGUGGGUCCGGCUGCUGCCAGCCCUGCUGCCAAACUACCUGCUGUAGGACCUGCUUCCAACCAACCUGUGUGACCAGCUGCUGCCGCACACCCUGCUGCCAGCCCUGCUGCUGUGUGUCCAGCUGCUGCCAGCCCUGCUGCCAGCCCAGCUGCUGUGGCUCUAGUGGCUGUGGGUCCAGCUGCUGCCAGCCCUGCUGUUGUGGGUCUAGUGGCUGUGGGUCCAGCUGCUGCGGUGGGUCUAGCGGCUGUGGGUCCAACUGCUGUGGUGGGUCUAGUGGCUGUGGGUCCAGCUGCUGCCAGCCAGUUUGCUCUGGACCCGUGUACUGCACUAGGACCUGCUACCACCCCACCUGUGUCUGCCUGCCUGGUUGCCUAGGCCAGGGCUGUGGGUCCAGCUGCUGCCAGUCUUGCUGA